UAACUAAAACAGUUUCAUAAGUUUAAAAUUAUAGUCUAACAGCCACCGCCCAGAAAUACAAAAAGCAAAACCAAUCAUCAGACGUGAAGAUGAUGUUGAUUAUCUCUCCACUUUGAACCAAUCAGGUCCCAACCCAUAUCGUUAAAACUUCAGGUACAGAAGAAUCCAUAGAAAUUUUCAUCUCAUUUACAGCUUCCCCUUUCAAGAUUCCCACAACUUUUAUGAGCUCCAGAUAUUAAUCUCUAAUCCUCCACUGACUCCAACUUGAAGCAGUUGGUGAAGCUAAGUUGGUCCUCCUCCGAAUUUCUAUUACUUGGAGGGUACUACUAUAAAAAAAAAUGGGAUCUGUCAGUGCUCACUGCUCACAUUGGGAGAAAAGAGCAUAGAAUCCAUUAUAGCAUCAGCUUUUGGGGAGAUACUCUCAUUAACAGCUCCAGUAUUAUCACAACUUGGGCAAGAAGAAGGGAGAAGAAUAGUCAAUAAAAGUUCUUUUCAAGAUAAAAGGAUCCUCGAAUCAUUAACCGUUUGCAUCUGUCGUCUCUUUGUUUCGUAUUGUUCCUUUCUUAAAGGUGCCUUUUUAUGGAACCAUUUUGACUUAAAGAAACCACGAAAAUUACCCAUGAUCUUGAUCUGAUUAGCGACUUCCUCUCCGCUUUUUGUCGAGAAAAACAUAAUACUGGAAUUUUUGGAACGGAUCAAAUCACUUACGGCUCUGAAUGCUCGAAGGCUCUCCAAACCCCGAGCAUUCCAACUAGGGAGAUUCAUGGACUUCGGUCGCCUGAAAAUCAGCCUCUGCCUCUAAAGUAACUAAAUCUUCAAUAUUCUUUUAAGUCAUUUUCCUCCAUUCGAGCCUUUUUAACAGCCAUCGGUCAUCCCCAACCACUUCUUUUCAAUGUCAACGCUUCUCUCAGAAGAAUGAAUCAAAGGACCGAGCCCCGAAUCUUGCUCGUCCUUUCAAGAUCUUUUGCUUUCCAACACAGGACUUGAUAGCUUCUUGACAUAUGACUUUUCAAAUGUUUAUUACUUAUACUCACAUCAACCACAGUUUUGUUGUUGCUGUUUUUUUUUUUUUUUUUAAAGAAAUCAUGAUUCAUUGUGUUUCGCAACGAUAUAAUAGAAAGUAUAAAUUUUCAUCACAUAUGUAUAAGUGUGAACAACCGAUUUAAAUGUUGACAAAAAUUUAAUACCAUGCAUCAAAUAAGAUGUCAUAAUAAUAUCAAAUAAGAUGUCAUAAUGUCGACAAAAUUAGAGGUUGGAAUCUGUAGAACUCAGAAAAGAAAGAGAAAUAAAAAGUUCAUUGGUGUAUCCUUUUUUUUUCCCCGAGGAAAAUCAGUAACUAUGUUCUGAUGGUUUUCCUUGUACUUCUGUUUUGGACUUGUAUUAAUGAAUGAUUGAGGUAUCUAAUAUGUAACUUGUUUUGCAUUUUUGUAACUAAAAAUUCGAAGCAAUUUGAUAUAAUAUUUGUGAUUCAUCGAUAUUUGCAAUUCAUCUAUAAAUUUUCAAUAUCGAUCAAGAGUAUUUGUAGAUAAACUAUGGAUUCUCCAUUACUUCGCCGUCGUGAAUCAGUGGACAAACGGUGUUGUAGAGGAUUGAUUUUUCUGCCACUCGGAAUACUUGCCAUCACAGUUGUUGGUCAUAUCCUUGGAGUUUCAUUAAAUGGUUCAGUAUUUAACGAGGAAAACAAGCACUCUGAUGGAAUACGUAUCAAUAAUUCUGAAAUUGUUGAGUCAGACAAGGGAGUUGUUGCUGCUGAUGAUGGUCGUUGCUCGGAAAUUGGAGCAUCAGUGCUUAGGCAGGGAGGGCAUGCCGUUGAUGCUGCAGUUGCAACUGCAUUGUGUCUUGGUGUGGUGUGUUCAAUGUGGAGCGGGAUAGGAGGUGGUGGUUUUAUGGUCGUGCGAUCUGCGUCAACUUUGCAAUCCAUAGCUAUUGAUUUCAGGGAGACUGCACCCUUGGCUGCAUCUCAGGAUAUGUAUGAAGCCAAUUUGACAGCCAAAGAUAUUGGGCCACUAUCAAUUGCAGUCCCUGGAGAGAUAGCUGGCCUUCAUGAAGCUUGGUUGAGAUAUGGUCGUUUGGCUUGGAAGUCUUUAUUUGAACCUGCUAUAAGGCUUGCCAAGGGUGGAUUUGUGAUUUCUCCUUAUCUAGGAAAAUCCUUAGUUUCUUCUACCGAGAUGAUACUACAUGAUCCUGGGUUGAGACAGGUUUUCGCACCAAAUGGAAACAUAUUACAAGUAGGUGACACUUGCUACAAUGUUGAACUAGGCAAGAGCUUAGAAACUGUGGCAAAUCAGGGGCCACAAGCCUUCUAUAAUGGAGUCAUUGGAGAGAAGUUGGUGAAGGAUGUGAAAGCAGUUGGUGGCAUUUUAACCAUGGAGGAUUUAAGGAACUACACGGUUGAAAUAACAGAAGCAAUGACCAUUGAAGCCAUGGGCUACACAGUGCAUGGCAUGCCACCUCCUUCAAGUGGAACACUUGGACUUGCUAUGGUCAUGAACAUCUUUAAGAGCUAUAAUGACCCUGAUGCUACUAAAGGAAAUAUCGGCGUACAUCGCCUAAUUGAAGCAUUGAAACACAUGUAUGCUGAACGGAUGAACUUGGGGGAUCCUCGGUUUUCCAACAUUAACAAUGCCGUCUCCAACAUGCUUAGUCUAUCAUUUGCAAAGAAAAUUCAAGAAAAAAUAGUUGACAAUACUACUUUUCCUCCAGAUUACUAUCUAUACAGGUGGAGUCAGUUAAGAGAUCAUGGAACCAGUCAUUUUUGCAUUGUGGAUGCAGAGAGAAAUGCGGUAUCUUUGACAACAACCGUAAAUGGGCACUUAGGGGCAGGCGUUCUCUCACCCUCUACUGGUAUUGUUCUUAACAACCAGAUGGGGGACUUUUCUAUAUCCACAAAUAUAUCUCCUGAUAAACUCCCUCCAGCUCCAACAAAUUUUAUCCAACCAAACAAAAGGCCCCUCUCUUCCAUGACUCCUAUUAUUGUCACAAAGGAUGAUCGAUUGAUUGCGGUAAUGGGAGGUAGUGGUGGUAUGAAGAUAGUUCCUGCAGUGAUUCAGGUUUUCCUUAAUUAUUUUUCCUUGGGAUUCCAACCUUUCUCAGCAGUUGAAAGGUCAAGAGUGUACCAUCAGUUGAUGCCAAAUGUAGUGAAAUAUGAAAAUUUGACGUGCAUAAAUGGUGAUUACGUCGAAUUUUCGGCUAAAGAGAAGCAAUUCUUGGAAGACAGAGGUCAUGAAGUGGUAGCUAUGGAUGGAGCAGGAGCCAUUGUUCAACUUGUAGUUCAAAACUUCGAAGAUGCCAUUGACAUAGGUCGAAAGGGUGGAAAGCUAUCCAACAACCAAAAUAAUUUUGGUGUUCUUACAGCUGUCUGUGACCCUAGAAAGAACGGAAAUCCUGCAGUUGUUUAGGAUAUGUGUU